UCACAUGCUAAGAAACCUAGAUCUACCCAAAGCAAAGCAGAUAACAGACCUGUGCCUGUGUUCAGGGUGGAGUGGUGGAGCGAAACAGUCAGCUGGGGAAUAAAACAAAAUGGAUUUAAGGUGAUUACUUCUAUUGGGAAAUGGAUACAUCAGGGAGCUGCUGCCAGCAGCCGAGUGGGUUUCUCCACGCAGAUCCGGUGUCCAGAUUUCUGGAUUCUCGAACUACAGACAUCCACUCUGUCUGUCACAUGGAUGUGCAGGGUUAUAGACGAGUGUGCUGGAAGGUGUGUCUCUGCCACAUUGGAGCCUUAUUUUCCUUGGGUACGCUGCUGUUGUUGUUCAAGUGGCGACCUCGCCUCAGCGUCCUGGCUUGUUGUUCUUCCUGCCCCCUUCCAAGGGCAGAUAUCUUACUACUGAGGGAUAGUUAUGGGCAGAGUUUUGUCAUAGAGGUACAAACAGAAGAGAUUGAAGAGGGGAGUUUAGGCUUCACAGGAGGAGAGUUGGAUGAGUAUGAGUGCAGAGACAAUAUCCAGCUGCACAAAGAUGAGAAAACCCUACUGAGAUACUAUGUGUUUGAGGGCAUGCGGUAUGUGUGGCUGCCCAAAAAGGGGGCUUUCUGCAAAGUUAGUAUUCUUAGUGAGGGUUGGACUUGUGCUGAUCUGCACCACAGACAGGAAGGACUUAGUCAAAUGGACCAAAUUUCAAGGAGACAGAUUUUUGGGGACAAUAUCAUUGAUGUACCUGUGAAGUCUUAUUUGCAGUUGCUGAUUGAAGAGGUCCUCAACCCCUUCUACAUAUUUCAAGUCUUUAGCAUUGUCCUGUGGAUGUCAGAUAAAUACUACUUUUAUGCUGUUUGCAUCUUUGUAAUAUCUUUCUUAUCCAUCGCUGUAUCCUUGUACGAGAUCCGGAAGCAAAGCAGCACUCUGCGCAGCAUGGCCCAGCUCAUAGUGAACGUCACUGUACGCAGAGCCACUGGAGAGGAGGAGUGUGUGAGUUCGGUUGAACUAGUGCCAGGAGACUGUGUGCUGAUUCCUGCAGAAGGUCUGCACCUACCAUGCGAUGCUGCCCUGCUGGCCGGGGAGUGUUUGGUGAAUGAGAGCAUGUUGACUGGUGAGAGCGUACCUGUGAUGAAGACCCCAUUGCCAGUCUCAGAAGUGAAGUACAGUCCUGAAUCUCAGCGAAGACACACACUUUUCUGUGGUACCCAGAUCAUCCAAGCCAAAGGGGGCUGCCCAAGCGGGAAGGGGGCCGUAGCUGUAGUUACACAGACAGGCUUUUUCACUGCUAAAGGUGACCUCAUCAGCUCUAUUCUCUACCCACAGCCAGUUAACUUCCGUUUUUACGCAGAUGCCAUGAAAUUUCUACUUUUCUUAGGAGUCCUUGCGCUGAUUGGCACAGUAUACAGCAUAGUGGUACUUUACCGGAGCAAUACGCCAUGGGGGAAGCUUGUGAUUCGUUCUCUGGACAUUAUAACCAUCAUUGUACCUCCAGCUCUUCCUGCUGCUUUAACAACAGGCACAAUUUAUGCCCAGCAGCGCCUCAAGAAAAAUGGUGUGUUCUGCAUAAGUCCACCUCGCAUCAAUGUCUGUGGAAAGGUUUCUCUCUUCUGCUUUGACAAGACAGGCACUCUGACUGAGGAGGGUCUGGAUGUGUGGGGAGUGAAGGAGGCUAGCAGAAAUGGUACAGGGUUUCAUGAGCUGGUACCUGACCCUUGUCUUCUCUCACCUGGACCCAUGCUGUGGGCCUUGGCCUCCUGCCAUUCAGUAGCUUUGCUUGGUGAUCAACCCAUCGGAGACCCACUGGAACUAAAAAUGAUUGAGUCUACAGGUUGGAAACUGGAGGAGCUGACUAACGAAACGGAAACAAGUCUUGAGUUUGGAAGUCAUCGGAUCCUCGCAGUGAUGAGGCCACCUACUUUAGAGUCUGAAGGCAUAUCUGCUAGUCAGCCGGUAGCAAUAGUGCGCCGUUUCCCUUUUUCUUCCUCUCUACAGAGGAUGAGUGUGGUGGCGGUGGUCUCGGGGGGAGGCUCGGCUUACAGCUUUCUCAAAGGGGCACCUGAGAUGGUGGCCAGCCACUGUAAAAGCGUACCUUCUCAGUUUACCAACACACUCCGGGAGUUCGCCAGUGAAGGUUUCAGGGUCCUAGCCCUUGCCUACAAGGAGGUUGAUGCCCAUACAGACCUGAGCAGUAUUGAAAGGGUAGAGGUGGAGAAAGACUUGCAGUUCCUGGGGCUGUUAGUAAUGAAGAACAAGGUGAAGCCUGAAAGUGCAGGAGUCAUUAACAUUUUGAGACAAGCACUAAUCCGCCCUGUCAUGGUCACUGGCGAUAACAUUCUUACAGCCCUGAAUGUAGCACGAGCAUGUGGAAUGAUGUCCUCGCAUGAGCAGGUUGUUUUUGUUCAUGCGUCUCCCCCUACUGCCAACUCAAUGGCAUUGUUACGAUUUCAUCAAGGUGAUGGCGCGCCUGCUGUCGUCAGCACUCAAGAGACCAUGAAUAUUCUGGAACAGGGCUUGUACCAGAACAGUAUUAAGUAUCAACUGGCUAUAAAUGGAAAGUCGUUUGCAGCUCUGUGCGAUUAUUUUCCAGAACAACUACCUAAGGUUCUGAUGAAAGGAACCGUGUAUGCUCGGAUGUCUCCAGACCAAAAGACUCAGCUGGUUAAAGCUCUACAGAAACUGAAUUACAGGGUGGGCAUGUGUGGGGACGGAGCUAAUGACUGUGGAGCGUUGAGGGCUGCUGAUGUUGGAGUCUCUCUGUCUGAGGCUGAGGCUUCUGUUGCUUCUCCCUUUACCUCCAAAUCUGACAACAUCAGCUGCGUGCCUUUGCUGAUCAGAGAAGGAAGAUGCUCGCUGGUGACGUCUUUCAGUCUUUUCAAAUAUAUGGCAUUGUACAGUCUGAUCCAGUUUUCCUCUGUACUCAUCCUCUACACCGUGAAAACAAACUUGGGUGAUCUGCAGUUCCUCUACUUUGACUUGGCCUUGGUGACCGUGCUCGCUAUAGUGAUGGGUCGAGGUGGCCCUAGCGAUAGGCUUCACCCCAAGCGCCCCCCCGCCAGCCUCCUAGCUCUGCCUGUUCUUUCUGCUUUACUCCUCCACACAUUACUGCUCAUUCUGUGCCAGGUGGCUGCUCUGUUCAUCACUAAAUCACAGGAAUGGUACAUUCCUCUCAAUUCCACUGUGGAUGGAGAAGAAAAUUUGCCAAACAUGGAGAACACGAGUGUGUUUACUCUCUCUGGGUUCCAGUACAUCAUCAUGUGUAUAGUUGUGACAAAAGGCUACCCUUACAAGAAACCGCUCUACAAAAAUGUUGUUUUUCUACUUGUGCUGCUGGUCCUGUUUGCGGCCACGAUUUUGCUGGUUCUGGUCCCCAAUAACUUUAUUCUCAAUGUAAUGCAACUGUAUAACAUUAACGACAUGAACUACAAACUGCUGCUGCUGGCACUCGCUGCACUCAACUUCUUCACAUGCUACUUGCUGGAGGUUCUAAUUGACACAUUUGUUCCAAACUGCCUCCGUACCCUUCGUGGAAAGCGUGAGUCGAAAAAGCAGUACAAGCGUUUGGAUGCCCAGCUAGCAGAAACUCCAUUGUGGCCACCGCUGGAUCAGCUGCUUUACCCUUCACAGUGUACUGUAAUCGGAGUUAGCUAGCAUAAGCCUCCUGGAGCAACAAUCAUUUAAAUAGGUUUUUUUUUUCCAUAGCUAAAAGUGCCACUAAUCGACUACCUCCUACUGCAUAGAUAGUGAAGUCAAUUAAAUACUUGAUGAAAUUCUCAUGUUUUUGUCAGCUGUCGGUAAAACACAUGCCAUCAUCGUAGUCCCCUAGGAAACUUUUUCUUGAAGAAAUAAACAUGUUCCUGAAACUUUUCGCUACUUACAGCACCCCACUUACUGUCUUCAAACAAGCUACAAUUCUCUUACCUGCACCCUGACCGUCUCCUUUCCAGACCUUCACCUUGACAUUAGGCAGUAACCUCCAACACACUAGGGAAUACGAUAUGACACAUAAAUGUAACCAUGGACGCUUCAGACACCCAAUGACCGCAGACGUCAGGGGCUACUAGGAUGGAUGAGAAGAAAUUCUCAAGAUGACCAAAAUGAAAAAGACGUCUCACAAAUCCAUUUAAGAGGAGAAUGACAGUAUAAAUAUUAUACAUCAGAUGAUGCAAUACAUUGUGUGUAGUAGGUCAUUUGGGAUGAAGCUACUGACUACAUCAUUAUAUAGUUGCAGCACUGAAUGUUUAUAGAUAAAAAAUUUAGGAUUAAAUGAAGAAUUGAAUCAGAUGCCAGAAUGUGUCUUGCACUGCAAUGGCAUCCAGUCCUGUUAAUGGGAAAUGCGCUCAUUAUGAAAAUUGAGAUGUUGAUCUAAAUGUCUACCGCCUAUUAUAUACGGCACUGUUACCAUAAAACAAUAUGUAUAUGUGUGUGUAUGUGUAUACACCCAAAUAUACACAGGACUCAUUUGUAAUGUAAUAAAAGCACUUUAAAAGA